UGUAAGGCAGUUGUAUCUUGAAGAUGGAUCUUGUCGUGGUGUGUGCUCUUGUUGGAUUGGUGUGUGGAAAAUCAGUGGGAUCUCAUGUGGAUUUGGACUAUCAUAACCAUGUGGGUAUUCCUGCCGCGAAGCGGAUUAAAGCCCAUGAGUUGGAAAUGCACCAAAGUAUUAGGAUUUCAGGGGGAGCGCCGGCUAGGAUUGGACAAUAUCCGUUCUUUGGCGGUAUCCUAAUCACAAUGAUCGACGACACCCAAUCCGUCUGCGGGUCCACAUUACUCAGCAACACGCGAGCCGUCACCGCCGCUCACUGCUGGCGGACCACCUUCUCCCAAGCCAAGCUCUUCACCGUCAUCUAUGACUCCAUCUUUCUGUUCACCGGGGGCACCAGGGUUUCCACCAGCGACGUUGAAGUGCAUGAGGACUACAAUUCGACCACGAUUUAUAAUGAUAUUGCUAUCAUUAAGCAUGCCUGGGUAGAUUUCAACAGUGCCAUACAUUCCAUCCCCAUCGCCAUUGGUGAAGACUCCUAUGUCGGCCAGUGGGCUCAGGCAAUAGGCUUCGGCAGAACCAGUGAUAGUCCUAUCAUUCCGCACGACCGCUUCCUCUCACACGUGUUCGUGCAAGUGAUAAAAAAUGAGGAGUGCGAACUGACCUACGGUCCCGUUGUCAUUAACUCUACCCUCUGCGUGGCGACGACUGGGGGGAGGAGCACUUGUAAUGGGGACUCAGGAGGGCCGCUCGUUGUGGAUAAUAAGCUGAUCGGCGUGACGUCCUUCGGACACGCAGGGGACUGCACGCGCGGCUACCCGACUGGCUUCACGCGAGUCAACUGUUUUGCUGCCUGGAUCAAUGAUCGUCUCUAAUUAUAGCCACUGAAGUUUGCGGACUCACAAAACUUUUAAGAAUCUCUAAGAUCCGCAAAUAUAGUUUUAAGUGAUCUAAGAACUCUUAACUAUAAGUAUCAAUUUUUUUGUGUCUUGAAAAGAUGCAAAUUAUAAAUGUUUCCAAUAUUGCGAUUUUGUGUUACCUAUAUAAUUACUCUAAGUAGGUUGGUAGAAGCCACCAAUACCUUCUUCCUGACAAAGAAAAUACUUCCCUCCUUAAUCGUAUGAAAAGUCAUAAGAGUGGCAUAAAUAAAUAAAAACUAACUGUAGGUACCUACGCAUUAAUUAAUAAAAAUACUGUAACAUGACAAUAAUCAACAAUAAUAA